AUGAGUUUCGAGUCAGAGCAGGAAAGAGCCUCCGUCAAGGAGAUCUGGGAGAAGACCAUCCUUCGUUUUGAGCAGCGCACUGGCCAAACACUCGAUGGGCCCUCCCGGGGCCCGGACGAUCUGCGCCGGCUUCUCGACGCGCAUUAUGCCGCGCAGGUGGACGAUAAAGAUGUUUCGACGGCAAAAGAUGUGGGAUUCCAAAUCAUCCAUUGCAUCCAGCUCCUCGGUGGUAUUGCGUCCCAAGGCGCGUCAAUGGUCUUCGCCCCGGCAGGACUGUGCUUCAAUGCUCUUUCUUUUUUGCUGGAGAUCCCAGGAAAGGUCCGUACUUUCCAUAGUGAGAUCGAUGCCAUCUUUUCCGAAGUCAGACCGGCCCUGACCCAGUUUCGGAUCUACGAGCGGAUGGAUGAAAGUGCGCAGAUUGACGCGGCCCUGCGACAGUCCAUCAACCAGGUGAUGAUGAGUUUUGUGAAUCUCUGUGCCGACUGCAUCAAUAUCCACCGUGAGGGCCGCUGGAAGGGCUUCAAGCGCAACGCCAAACGUAUCCUCUUGGACGACAGUUCGGUCCAGUCCGAAUUGACCCUCUUUAAGAAACUGACACAGGAUCAGCUGAAUCUUCAAGCGACCCUGACCCUGGAGGCGGCAAUGGAAACUGGCCAGGACGUCCGGUUCAUGAGGAACACAACCCUAAAGGUCGACACAAACACAAGGGCAAUCAAGAGCGAUGUAUCAGGGCUCGUGGAAGCGGAGCUCAAACGCAAAGUGGAUACUGAGCGGGAACAUAUUCUGGCUACCAUCAGAGCAAAGCUUGGGCAGAAGGACGUCGAGGUAGCUGCGGUCCUCGAGGUUCGGGAUACGAUGUGGAAGAGCUCUAUGAAAGGUAGCGGGAAAUGGUUGAAUGAAAUCGAUGCCUAUAAGCAUUGGAUCGAUAGAGGCUACCCAGCCGAUUCCCUGCUUAUCGUGUCUGGUGAGCCUGGAACAGGCAAAUCUUUUCUAGUCUCUGCGAUUGCCCAUGAGAUCAGAUCUGCAAACGUGGGGGCCACGGCCGAACGCAGCUUAGUCGGCUAUUACCAUUUUUCCGUGGCAGAGGGGAGGGACAACGAUGGCAACAAGAAACGGCUAGAGCAAGCGAUACAGUCAAUCUGUGUACAGCUAGCGGAGCAGGACUCGGUCUACGCGAGGCGUGUUUUUAGCGCGUUAAACGAGUCUGGAAGGAGCGCAAGAUCCAUCAGGGAUGCGAGUUUUGCGGAACUCUGGGCUACACUGGGAGUGGGAAUGCCGGCCAAAAACACGACACAUUACAUCAUCCUUGACUCUGUUGAUAUGCUCAGCCCUGAAGACCGCGAACGGCUUUGGAGGGCGAUACAGCAAGGCGACGAGGGCAGGUCUUACCGCGUUAGAGUGCUGCUCAGCGGCGAGCCCGAGGCAUUGCAGGGAGUCCAACUCCUUUCUUCUCGGAUGAAGACCAUCGAUAUUGCAAACUACAACGGGGUCGACAUCAAAGCAUUCAUCGUGCAGGAGCUAAAGAAGGCGAAUCUCUUCCAAGGAGCAGACAAUGACUCGCGGCGACGAAGACGCAUGGUUGAGGAACAGCUUCUAGCACGCUCCAACCAUUCCUAUGCAAGGAUUCAGCAAGACCUCCGCCAGGUUAAGGAGAUCAUUGCGUCAGGCGGCACCGAGGAAGAGCUGAACCGGGCGUUGCAUGAGUCGAGCACAGAUCCCCGGGAGCUUGUGCGAUCGGAGCUCAAAACAAUGGAAGCGAUGUUGAAGCCACGAGAGAUCGAGGAGAUCAAUGAAAUCCUAGUCUGGGUCGUGGCUGCAGGGUCUUUCAUAACCCUAGAGGAAGUGGCAGCCGCCUUGUUCCUCCGCUUCAAUACCGUCUCCCUCCAGCCGUUGGAUGAGAAGAUCACAGGCAAAUACUCAAAGAUCUUUACCUUGACCUCGACCCUCGGUGGGAGGAUCCUGGCCUUGACAGAUCAUGUGGAGGACUGUGUAAUUGCUCAGCGCGACAGGCCUAGACAGUCAUCAGAGGACCCAAAGAUAACUGCUACAAUCACCAUCACCAACGGAGACCUCAAGAUGGUUCAGCGCUUCUUCUGGGACUUGAACCACUACUCAUUCCUUGAUGGAUUUGCGUUUAGACAAAUGUCCCAGCAAGCAAACGCAGUUCAACGGAAAAUUCAGGUGUACAGAGUUGAUGCUCAUCUGGAGGUGAUCAAAAGGGCCUUUGAUUUCUUCCUUAAUCCACUCGUCGAUAAAAGAGGCAAGGUACUUGGAGAUUAUCUGAUGCGAAAUCUCUCACACCAUCUAAAAGUCCUGUCUGGCGUGACUGGCUUAGACGAACUCCUGCCCACAGAUAAGCACUUCAUUGGAUCGCAUGUCUAUGGCAUGUUCACUGACGGGGACUUUAUCGAGCGAAAUUGGGAAUACUUUCGCGGGGGAUCAUUUUAUUACUGUGAUCAUGACUGUCUCGAAAUUUGCUGGAGUUGGUUAGAUGACCCCGUGGCUAUCGCUACGCUAGGACCCCGUGACAAACGAUGGCUGGCAGAUUUGAAGAAAGACAAAGAUCGCAACCAAAGUCUAUUGGCUCCAGUAAUGCCCAUGAUCGCCCGGAAAUGGCUGCGAGAAACCGAGGGCGACGCGUACAUCACCUACACCUGGAUCGAGGCAUUCUUGGCUCUGGGCGCCAAAUCAGAACAGCAUAACCAGGCUGCGGUAGCUGGGGAAAGCCAGAGGUUGGACAAAAGCAAGUUGAGGAUUACUAUUAACGAAAACGAUUCACGCCUGGAAAGAGUUGUAAAGGCCGAACAGUGGUGCAGACAGUCCUUGGGGGUCACCGAACCAGACUACAUAUGGUAUAUUCGGUUAGGUGACACCUAUUUCGGGUAUAAUGAACAGGAGGCUGCGAACCAGCACUACCAGAAUGCCGCAGCAAUUCUUCGAGCUCAGACCCCCUUGAACAAACGGCAGCUGCGAGAUGUCUACAAAUCUCUAGCAGAGUCGGCGACCAGCCCAGAAACUGCCAUGGAAUUUUGGGAAGAAGCUUCCAAGUUGGAUGAAGAGGACGUGGACAUUCUCUACGCGAUGCUCCAGGAAUAUGCCAUCGGCAAGAAGGAGGACGAGGCGCGAUCAAUCAUUCAAAAAGCUCUCACCAAGAAAGUUCCAGGCAAAGUCUCUACCAUGAUGGCGUUACUGGAGACGGCAGUGAGUAGACGGAACGAAAGUCAUAUGCUGUCCGUUUUCAAGGCAAUCUUUUCUCAGAUCUUCUCGUACCCGGAGCUGUGGGCAGCCUUCCAAGAAGAAUUGGAGGUGGCUAUUGAGACCGCAAGGAAGGCAGGCACAAAUCAUGACCUUGCGAUUCCACUACUGCUCCAGGGCAGUGCUGAGUACUACCUCUGCAGAGUCUCGCCUGGGCUAUCAGCCACUGCCGCAGGUCGUUUGCGAGAAUGCUUGGACUCAAUCCGGGACUGGGAUGAAGUUUCUUCGACAGGCCAAGAGCAGCUGGAUUUCAUUAAACAAAGUGCCGUUGUCCGUCUCAGCAUGCUCUACCUGGAGACGGCCAUGAAAUCGGAUGGGGAAGAGUCAGCAGCAGCCGCUGGGAGAUUGCAGCAGAUCCACGAGGACGACCCAGCCGCAAAGGUCCCCAAGUCGGCCCUUGCAUCACUGUACACAUUCAAGGGACAGAGGGAUAAGGCUCGCGACCUCUUUCGCGCCGACAUGGUAGAAGCAUUCAACAUUUUGGUCGAUGAUGACGUCCAGAACGAUGGAGACGGAUUGACCACGCUGAGGACCCUGUUGAGCCACACCGGCGAUUAUGAGAAUGCACAGCGAGCUGCGUUGCUUUAUCUCAAAAUGCAGUUCGAUAAAACAAUACUCAAAGAGCUGCUUGCCGAAGAGGAGCCCUCGAUCACCGCAGACCUCCUCUCAAAGUAUGAGAAUCACCGACCAAAUGCAAGGGUGCUCCCAGUGGACCAGCCCUGGCAUGAUCUGCAGUAUGUCUGGGGGGAAGUAAGCAGACUCGCGACCGAAGCGGAAUACGCUGAUCGCCAGCGGGCCGCCAAGUACUAUCGAGUCGAACAAAUCUUCGCAAAGCAUGAGAGAGCCCAGUGGUGGGGGUUCCACUGCACCAACUGCUUGCAACCCUGGGAUAAUGACCAUGGUCUACAUUCGUGCAAGUAUUGCUACAACGUGGACCUGUGCGACGCCUGCUGGGGCACACUGCGAUCGGGCGAAAGUGGCCAAGCCUUCGUCUGCAGCAGAAUGCAUGAGUGGUACGAAUUACCGCCGUUGACGAUAGAGCAGUAUUUACGGGCCUGUAGGGAGGUGGUCCUCAUGAAAUCAGACAACGGAGGCGAGGAGGUGCGGUCGGUUUCCAAAUGGCUGGGGACGCUGUGCGAAGAAUGGAGGCUAUCCAAGGCUGACUGGGGGUUUGAGUAG